AUGCAUCGAAUGCGCUCGUCCAUGUGGCUGGUCAAUCAGCGCAAGCUCCUCACCAAUGCAGAGCGGAAGCGCAAACACCUAACCAACGACGAUGGCUGCAAAAUAUGCGGCGGGGGACCUGAAACUACACUCCACGUACUUUGUGAUUGCCCUUAUGCAAGAGCUACGUGGGCGGAAGCACUACAAAAUGAACCUGAUCAUGAUGAUUUCUUUGAGCCAAAUAUUGAGAGAUGGAUGCUUCACUACACGACAACACUCUCUUCACGACUAUGUGCCGCACCAUCGACAACACUCUCUUCACGACUAUGUGCUGCCUGUUGUGGAAAAGCCGGAACAAUUACUGCUUCCAAGGUAAGCUGGACUCCUGUGCACACAUUCAGGCUAGCUCGGUACAGCUUCGGCUUAAAGCCUCGAAGAAGGAGCAACAUGUGUUCGGAGCUGGGGGACUCCGCACACCUACACUGA